AUGCCCUUCAGUGGACGCACCCCCGAGGCCCUUCUUCCACGGUCUGACUCCAAGAAUCCUGCUACAACGUGUCGAGGUAUCACUUCCACUGGACGGCCUUGUCGAAGGGCUCUAGCAGCCUCACCGAAGAGUUCUCCCGCUCCAUCACCUAGUCGAGGUGCCGGAGUGCUUGCAGUGUUGGAUGAUCAGCAUGCCGCUGCUUUCUACUGCUGGCAACAUAAAGAUCAAGCCGAACAGCUAGCAGCGAGAGAUCGUCACAAGACAAGCCUGCAUCCUUUGAAAGAAAGGUCAAGCAUUGAUACUCUGGUCGAGCGAGUGGGAGUUUUGGAUCUUGUUGAAAAUAUCACAGAGUCGAGACGACAUCGCCGACGGCACCAAAAUGACAUUCACGGACAUACCAGACGUGAAACCUUACCCGCUGGCUGGAAUGAAAUGCAGAGUCCAUUGAUGAGUGUGCCGGAGGAGGCGAUUCACCCGCGGACUCGACAGAAACGCCGCAGUCCAAGCCCACGAUCGAACGUCAAGUUCUCAUGGGCUUGCUGUAUUCAGACGGACAAUGACGAUCUGCCACCUCCAAGAGUACACAGCGACCACCGAAAGGAGUCUUACAGAACUCAUCCGUCCAACGGCGUCCAGUUUCCAUCUCCAAACUACGCAGGUAUAGACCACCUAGCUAGACCCGAGAUGAGGCAGAAGCACGACGGACCUUCGGCCCGAGUAUCUGAGCCAGCAUCAGUGACAAAGCGCCCGAGUCCGGCGCCGUUGUCCAGUAAUUCUCAAACACAAACACUACUAGCGCUCAUACCGCCUCAUCUAUCGCCUCAAACGGCGUCGCUGCUGCUUUCAGAGCUAUCAAAACCAUUGUCGCCCGCAGACGAGGCCGGCUACAUAUACAUUUUCUGGCUCACACCCGAGAGCGAAGUCUCCAAGCCAGACGACGAGACAGCGUCAUCCUUGCUCGAUGAUGAUGACUUGUACGUGCCUCGCUCGCAGAGGACAUCUCAGGCCCUGCAACGCUAUUCUUCGGUUCGUCGUCCACGGAACCGAGGUUCGGCGCAAGAACAGCGCACAAUAACACUCAAGAUUGGCCGCGCAGCCAAUGUCCACCGACGCAUGUCUCAGUGGACCAAACAAUGCGGUCAGAAUAUCACGCUGAUCCGCUACUACCCCUACAACAAGACUGCGGAGAGCUCGGGUACAGAGACCACUCCGGCAAGGAAAGUCCCUCACGUGCAUCGAGUAGAACGACUUGUCCACCUUGAACUGGCUGAAAAACGAGUGGUCAAGUCUGAAUGUGCGGAAUGCGGCCGUGAGCAUAGAGAGUGGUUCGAGAUCGAAGCUAGCAGAGCCGGCCUCAGAGCCGUCGACGAAGCUGUGCGCAGGUGGGUGGCUUGGGCAGAGCGACAGUAG